AUGCCAGCUCUGUAUUUCAUCGCCAACCGUGGACAAGUUUUGAGAAAUACGCUUCCGUUUCGCAACUUGUGUCGGCCAGGUUUCCUGCACCGAGAGCUCACUAUGUUCUUCAUAUCCCCUUUCCUCAUCACCGCGACAUCAGCCGCGCCCAUCUAUGCCAAGGUCGUCUGCAAGACCACCACGUACUCCGACAUCAUUGUCUUCUUCUUCACAAACUAUUUCACUCACUCACGCCGCUACCGUACCCUCUACAAUACAAUUGGUACCAAGUGGUAUUUGCUCAAGUGGUACUCGACGGCCACUUGGGCAAUAUUCUGUAUAUUCCUCCCCUUUGCAGGUCUAGGCAGGUCCCUCGGGCUCUUCUUCCGCUACAUCCAAUGUCGGCGGAACAAUAUGGAGAAAGCGCUGGCUCGAGGGGCCCUCAUUAUGGUUAAGAGGUCGAAGGACUGGAAGCCAAAUGAGACGUCUCCAGAGCAUGUGUACGUCCAGGUCCGAAUUUACGGCGGGAUGGCGAAGCUCCCCGCAGGAUACGUGGUCGAAUUUGUCGACUUUUGGGAUCGCUGGCGCCUGAAACUCGACUAUGAUAAACAGAUAGGCUCCUCCCACAGCUGGGGCAAGAUGAUCACGUCCAUUGCACAACUUCUAUAUACGUCCCUGACGAUAUAUGAGACAGCUAGGCCUCAGCUCGAUGUCUACGGUUAUGCAGCGUACGGCUUGACCGGGAUUGUUGGCGACUACUCGUGCGCGUAUCUCAUCAACACCGCUAUCCUCACCGAAGCCAACGGCAGGGCGUUGGCACAGUUUGACAAUGCGUUCCGUAAUCUGAGCAGAACAUGGAUAUGGAUGAUGGAGUGA